CCAAACAAACAUCCGAAUGUAGCUAGCUAAGCGUUGCUGUUAAGUGAGAAUGGCUAUCUCAUAAGGAUUAAUGUGGCAUUUUGCGGGUGACAAUGAUUUCGCUGAGCUAUAUUCUGCUGUGCGGACAGUUCCUGCUGCUUCUGACGGUGAUUCUGUUACAAUGUCUGGAAGGAAUUCACUCCCAAAACUCGUCGACGACGGAGACUCCUGCUGCUAGUCCAGGCCAGGGAGCUACAGCCCUCCCGUUCAGCGAGCAGCCGCCCGAAAUAGUAAAAUAUGAAAUACCAAUGGAAAGUACGAAUUAUACAGAGCCCUAUGAGUACAAGCCCCCAUCACCAGUCGUCCUCUGCAGCUACCUACCGGAGGAGUUCAUCUACUGUCAAGACCCUGUAGAUCAUGCAGGCAACCACAGUGCCUUUCUGGAGAUGGGCCAUGGUUGUGUCGGGUGGGGUGGCCAGACUCAAAAAGAAGUGAACCACACACCGGUUGUCUGCACUGCACUUGAUGAUAUAGAGUGUGCCGGACCCAGAGAAUUCCUCAGAGGAAACAUACCCUGCAUCAAAUACACUGGACACUACUUCAUCACCACGCUUCUGUACUCCUUCUUCCUGGGCUGUUUUGGGGUUGAUCGUUUCUGCCUGGGCCACACCGGCACUGCUGUUGGAAAGCUGCUCACCCUGGGAGGCCUGGGAAUCUGGUGGUUUGUGGAUUUGAUCCUGCUCAUCACUGGUGGCCUGAUGCCCAGCGAUUACAGCAACUGGUGCACCUACUACUGAGACAGACAUCAGUGUGACUGAGGCCACUUCUCAGUCAGAUAUUAUCAGUUAAAUAUUAAGAACUCCAGGGAAUUAGCCUCAGCCUGCCAUGGAUAUGAGUCUGUGAACUGGCUUGCUCUAAGUGGAUUUACACCUCUGCUGUGCUAAGUGGGGUCCAGGGACCUCCUGAGGACUCCUACAGGGUUCCCAGGGCUCCUGAGAAAAAUGAGGACUAAUUUGAUUUUAUUUUAAUCUAAUUCACUUGGAAUUUCCCACCUUGAGAAUGCAUAAGAAUGACUGUUGCACUCACAGUUUUCGCCAGAGCGACAGAGAUGACAGUACUACUAUGUACUAAUUUGUCAAUCGUAUAAUUCAGUUUAUGUGGUCUGGACCAAGGAAAAAAUGUUACAUUGAGUUCUGGUCUGGUUCUUGUUGGUAUUGACUUGACUGAUAGAUGGAGUAGGAAACAAGCACCACACGCCUCUGGUUAAGUGAAAUUCACUGCGCUCACAUUGUUGCACCAAUGAUUACCCAGUGAUUUGGAAAAAUAUAAACAUUGCUUAUAAGGUUGCUUCCUUUAAAGUAGACAGUAGAUUGGCUUAGUGUAGCCCUUGAUUCCUGCUAAAAUCAUCUGUUCCUACCAUCCUAAAAUCCAGUGGGUGGUGCAAACGAACUGCAUCUGAGAUCCUCCUAACUCUCUUAACCACUCUUGGAAGCGGACUCUAGGGAGGUUAAUUUGUGGUGUGAAAACAAAUCAAACUAACUACAUGAUCUUUUGAUAGUAAACGUGAUUUUAGCAGGAAUAAAAACAUGGUACAGGCACUCCUUUCUUUCUCCCUUUCUGCUACUUUGUCACUAUAUAUAAUAUCCAAGGCCCAGUGUCAGUCUGUACUGCUAACAGUCAGUUCUUGAGCUCUUUGUGACACCAGAGAAAACAGAAAUAAACACUUAGUGUCAGUAAAGUGGACGAUGACUUGCUGCAGUUUUUCAAAAUGAGAUUUUCCUGUGUGGGUCCAUGUUGCAAUAAUGACACAGAGUGACAUCACUCACAUCAGCAGGUUACCUGUCAGUCCACAUGGCUUCAUGUUCAUGCUCUUAGUUCAGUUACAACAAGUCAGUGUGAACAUGAACCAGAGCUAGAAGGCAACAGUGGAUCUCUUUUCUUUGUUCGGAGCAAACGAACUGAAGUGCAGGUGUGUAGUUAAACUCUGAGCAAUGAUAUUGAACAGUUUCCUGAGGGCCACAGCCUACACAGACUUAUCAUCAUAUCUGUCCUUCUUCAAAUUACCAAACAGCUCAGCUUUUGCUGUCCUCUUCCACUGAAUACUCUGUUUUCUCUGCUGUUUUAAUGUGUUCCAACUGUACUUAGGCUGAUUAAUGGUACAGUCUCACACAAGUAGGAAAACAAAACUCAGUAUUGGACAGUAUUCACUUUAGUCACAUCGAUGUGGUGACGAUUCAGUGGUUUCCAGUAUUGACUCCAACGUUUUGAGAGGGGGAAAAGCAGCGAAUUCCACCUGUGCUGCGUGGCAGCUUUGCUCUCCUCUGUAUUCAGGUGAAGAGUCUGACCCUGCUCAAAUGUCUCAAACUAAAACAAAUUUUGAUCUUCAUUGACUUUCUCCAGCCAGGCUCAGGUCACGCAUUAAAUAUUCAAAUCGUCAUCUUCCACUUUGCUAAAUUUCUCAUCUUUACCUGGACUGAAGGUUUAUGUGCUCUUUCACAGAUAGAGCAGUUUUCAUUACCAAAGGAUCCAUAAAACCCUUUCAGGUCAUAAAAACUUGAAGAAGACAUGAUCGUCAACACGUCCCUCUCAUCCAGCAGCAGCAGUAUGUUAUAGCAGGCAAUAUAUUUUCAGCUGGCUAAACAUCUUCUGAUGGGGGAAGCAUUAAGACACUGCUUUACAUAUAGCAAUUUUCCUCUUAAUUCACAAUAUGGCAAUUGAAGUGCCAUAAUGCACACCUGUAAAAAAAAUAUGUACAGAGAGUUUUUCAUAUCUUUCCUUUAUUCUGAAUGUAAUUGGUUCUGGGAUAUAAAUGCAGCUCUUCUGAGUAGCCCUGUAUUAGUUUAGAAAAACCUACUGAAAUAUACUGUGUUGGUGCCUCUUUGAAAACUUUUAUCAUCUGGACUCUCUCGGCCUUGUAAAAUAUUGUGUGGGUGUGUGUAUAUAUAUAUAAUAUUGAGCCGCCCAACAGAAGGUUCACUUGGGAAGCAUUUUAUAUUCUUUAACUUCGAUCCACACUAUUUAUUUAUGUGCAUUACGUGUUUUAUGUGUUAGUCAAGAAGAAUGUUCCUGGAAACGUUCUUGAGUCUUAUGUUAAUUUUACUCUGUUUCUUUAUCAGACAAUCUCACUUGACUUGUCCCAUGCUGUAUUUAUCACUGUUCACGGUUGUUAUGCCUCAAUAAAGUGUCUGGUCCAG